AUGAUGCCGACGUCGGGCAACGACGCCGGCGCCUGCGACGGUGACGGCUCGCCGCACGGGGUCAAGAAGAUGUGGACCAAGGAGGAGGACGACCUGCUGCGGGAGCAGGUGCGGCGCUGCGGCGGCCCGCACAACUGGGACUCCAUCUGCCGAGGGCUGCCCGGCCGCAACUCCAAGUCGUGCCGCCUCCGCUGGUGCCAGCACCUCGACCCCAGGGUGGAGGCCGUCAAGCCCUUCACCAUCCAGGAGGACAUGCUCAUCGUCAAGUACCAGGCCACCUACGGCAACCGCUGGUCCACCAUCGCCGAUUUCCUCUCCGGCCGCACCGACAAUGCCGUCAAGAAUCGCUGGAACUCUGUCCUCCGCAAGCGCCAGGAGCACGCCCCCUCCCAACAGGGCCAGACGCGCCCGUGGGCUCCUUCCGCUGCCCGACAGGCCGCGGGCCCCGAGGUCACGCCGCGGUGCCUGCCGCUGUUCCCUGGUUCGGCCGAGGAGGUGUGGGAGGCUGACACAUCUGCGGCGGCGAGGAAGUGCCUCGACCUGUUCCCUCUGGCGCCCGGGGAUAUCAGGGCCGAUGUGGAUGCAGCGGCGCCGCCCAGUGACAUGGCUUGCGGAGCAGGCGACCCGCUCACCGAGCUGAGGCUCUGGCCGGCGCCGAGAGUGGUGUUCGACGUAAUGCCGCUCCAGGCUUACCGGAUGUAG